AUGAACUUUGAGCUCCCUUCCGAGGUGAGGGACUACCUAUCACGGCUCGAUAGGUUCAUCAACGACACCAUCCUCCCUUUACAACGCACGAAUGAUAAUGACCGCUUCUUUGACCAUCGCCGCGAGGCCUCACGGACGCAAUGGACCAACCAUGGCCUACCGACCGAGGAUUGGGAGAAUUUGCUGAGCCGAGCCAAACAGCUGUCUGAUCGGGCAGGCUUCUACCGCUUCGCAUGUCCAAAAGAAUAUGGCGGGUCAGGCAAUGCUUCGCUCAAUCUAUAUAUGUGCGCUAUUCGAUAUCACCUUACCUCUCAUCCUGUGUACGGAGGCGGCGUCAGUCUGGCCAACGACCUACAGAGCGAACAUAGUGUUGUGGGCAACAAUCCGUUCAUUAUUAUGAUCUAUCACUACGGCACUCCAGAGCAGCGGAAGGAACUUAUUCCUGCCAGUAUUCGCGGAGAGCUCAGAGCUACAUUUGGAUUAACUGAAAUACACCACGGCUCCGAUGCCACCUAUAUGGAUACAACAGCUCGGGCUAUUACCCUUCCUUCAGGCGAACAUGGAUACGAGAUCAACGGGAAUAAAAAAUGGCAGACGGGUAUGCACACUGCCAACUACUGUAUUGUCUUUGCUCGGACUUCUGGUAAAUCCGGGGAUGCAAAGGGCAUUACCGCAUUUCUUGUACCUCGAAACUCUCCUGGGAUCACCGUUGCAUCGUAUGAGUGGACGUUAAAUAUGCCUACCGAUCACGCGACGGUUACAUUCCAAAAUGUUCGCGUUCCAGCGUCAGCUAUCCUAGGCCCCCCUGACAAUGGCCUAGCAAUAGCGCAAACAUUCACUCACGAGAAUCGAAUUCGUCAAGCUGCCUCAAGCUGUGGUGCUGCACGAUACUGCGUUGAUCGAAGUGUCGAAUAUGCCAAUCGACGCAAGGUUUUUGGAAAACCUCUAUCCGCCAAUCAGGCUAUUCAGUGGCCUCUCGUGGAACUCUCAACUCAGAUCGAGAUGCUUAGGCUAUUGAUUCUUCGCACGGCUGUGGAAAUGGACCAAGUCACCGCCCAGGCGACGGCAACCGGGAAAGCGCCGUGGAUAGCUAUUGAGAAACAACUCGGGCACAAGAUCAGUAUGUGUAAUUACUUUGCGAACCGGGUAGUUUGUCAAUCGGCCGAUCGGGCGAUUCAAGUCCACGGCGGCGAUGGAUAUUCGAGGCAUUAUCCUUUCGAGCAUAUUUGGCGACAUUUUCGACGGUACCGAAUUACCGAAGGAAGCGAAGAGGUACAAAUUCGGAAAGUUGCUGCCUACUUGUUUGGAUAUAAAACAACAGGGGAGAAAGAGACCAUCAAGGGCGAAACCAAGUUGUAG